CGCGCCAGUGCGAGGAUGACCAAUGAACUACACACCAUAAUUGAUAAAUCAGGAAGCAUUGUGAUUCCAGUUUAAACUUUAGCCGUGAUAAGAAUUAGUCGGGGAUAGAUUAACCUGAUGGUGCAAUGGACAAUGACAACAAACUCGUGUUUGAUCCCAAAGAGCAUCAGCAUCUGCGCUUCAACCCCCUGCGGGGCUCCUGGGUGCUGGUGUCCGCACACCGCAUGAAGCGUCCGUGGAGCGGCCAGGUGGAGAAACCCCCGGAGGACAAGGUGCCGCGCCACGACCCCAGCAACCCCCUGUGCCCCCGGAGCACCAGAGCUAAUGGGGAGGUGAAUCCUGAUUAUGACGGCACCUUUUUGUUCGAGAAUGACUUUCCGGCGCUCCAGCCAGACGCCCCAGAACCUGGCCCUGACCACCAUCCUCUGUUCCAAACCAAAUCUGCCAGGGGCGUCUGUAAGGUCAUGUGCUUCCACCCGUGGUCUGAUGUCACACUUCCUCUGAUGAAGCCAGAAGAGAUACGUGUUGUGGUGGACAAGUGGGCGGAGCUAAUCGAGGAGCUUGGCCCCUCCUACCCCUGGGUGCAGAUAUUUGAGAAUAAAGGAGCGAUGAUGGGCUGCUCCAACCCCCAUCCCCACUGUCAGGUGUGGGCCAGUAACUUCCUGCCCAAUGAGCCGGGAUUGGCGGAUGGCUGUCAGAGGGACUUCCUGCGGAAGCACGGCGAGCCCAUGCUGGUGCAGUACGCCCGCCAGGAGGCCGAGAGGAAGGAGCGGGUGGUGGUGGAGAACCCUGACUGGCUGGCUGUGGUCCCCUACUGGGCCACCUGGCCCUUUCAGACGCUGCUGUUGCCACGGAGACACGUCCUGCGACUCCCAGACCUCACCAGCCAAGAGAGAGAUAGUCUGGCGUCCAUAAUGAAAAGACUCCUGACCAAAUAUGACAACCUCUUCGAGAUCUCCUUCCCGUACUCAAUGGGCUGGCAUGGUGCCCCCACCGGUGCCCAGCUGGCGGAGGACGUGUCCCACUGGCAGCUCCACGCCCACUACUACCCGCCGCUGCUGCGCUCUGCCGCCGUGCGCAAGUUCAUGGUGGGCUACGAGAUGCUGGCGCUGCAGCAGCGGGACCUCACGCCCGAGCAGGCAGCUGAGAGACUGAGGAAUCUUCCGGAAGAGCACUACAAACAGAGGAAGACGGAGAGCUGUGAAGGGAAAUGAUAAACGCUGCCAACAUAUGGUAUAGCCAACUGAUCAUUAGAAAGGAGGGAAAAAAGGCAGCUCUUUGGAUGAAAACAUGUUUUAUUGCACAGACAUGUUUUGGCGUAGUGCCUUCAACUAAUCAUUAACCUUGGGUUAACAAGAACCAUAUCAAAACAUGUUUGAAGUGAUUAUUAUGUGAUUUAUAGUGAUAAAGCAUCAUUGUCAUGUUUUUCAAUGUACUGUAAGACAGAAGUCAUUGUCUUAUAAAGAAAAUGAUUAUCUUAUUAAAAGCAAUCAUGCAA